AUGACUCGAACGAGCGGACCUUCGCAGUAUGUUAGAUUCAAGUAUUGGAUUCCUCCCUACCUCCUCCAGAAGACGCAGGCGUCGUUGAGGGUGCUGAUGGAGAAGAAGGGUGCUUCGUCUGACUCGGACGGGUAUAUCUACACGUUCGAGAUUCGAGAACCACGAGAGAAAAACAUAAUCAAGCUGAAGAUUGGUCGUACCGCCAACGUGGCAAAACGAUUGUCAGAAUGGGAUCGUCAGUGUCACUCACAAGAGCAUGUUUUGCGUGGUUGCUACCCCGACUCUGGCGAAGAGGAAGCAGGUCUCAUGAGGGGAAGCCUCAAGCCAGGGGCCACGGUACCAUGGUGCCACCGGCUCGAGAAACUGGUCCACACCGAACUCGACGAUUUGGCAUCCACUGGAGCCUACCUCAACCAUGGCUGGGGAGCGAUGCCUGCUCCUGCCGAUGACCUCGACAGAUCGAAUGAUGGCUUGCGAGAGGAUUGGUUGGAUCCAAUGUCUGCAUCCCUUGAAGUGCCUCCACCCCACAACUCUUGCGCCAUUAUGGCCCAGUUCCCCGUGCCGCAGCUGUAUAAAUCCAGAACUCCGCGAGGCAACGCCAUGAACUACAUCGUGUUCGGAUUUCCACUUUGCCGAAACUACCUACUAGAUUUUGCCGACUCGCAUAACCUUCUAGUCAACGAGCAGAAUCCGAAUCGCCGUCGAUUCAACGUCUACAUGCACCUGGCGUGGACGAUCAGAAAGAGAUUUGAUGCCGAGUGCGUUCACCUCUCUGAAAAUGACGAUGGCUCUGGCGACAAUGCAUCAUUCUGCGUUGCAAUUACCUCCAACAGGACGCAGAGACACUUGAAUCGCAUGCAAACGUAUCCACAUUUUGAAAAGCUUGCCGAGUUCUUGCGCCUAUCUCCCGAAGCAGCGGAAUGGAUGCUUCCAGACCGGGCUGAUGCCAAAGACCUCAUCCGGAAUGGCUACAAGGUUAUUUAG